AUGGCCGCUCAGAGCGCGCGAUUCCUCGCUACCCAGCCCACCCCCGACGAGAAGGCGUCCGAGAUCAUCAACGCCGUCCCCAGCUCUUCUCUUUUCACAAAGACUGGUGGUGUCUUGCUCGGUACCGGUUUGACCGCCGCUGCCGUCUCUUCUGAGCUCUACGUCGCCAACGAAGAGACCGUCCUCGCUGUCGGUUUCCUCAUCAUCGCUGGUGUCAUCGGCAAGUCUGUCGCCUCCCCCUACGCCGAGUGGGCCAAGGGCCAGAUCGAGAAGACCAAGUCUAUCCUCAACGGUGCCCGUGAGGAGCACACCCGUGCCGUCUCUGACCGAAUCGAGUCUGUCCAGCAACUCAAGGACGUCGUCCCCCUUACCGAGUCCCUCUACGCCGUCGCCAAGGAGACCAACGUCCUCGAGCACGCCAACUUUGUGCUCGCGCAGGAGAACGCUGUCAAGGCCGAGCUCAAGUCUGUCCUCGACUCUUGGGUGAGGUACGAGCAGCAGCAGAGGGAGGCUGAGCAGGUCGCGCUCGUCAAGUCUAUCCAGGCCAACGUCGAGUCUGAGCUUGCCAAGCCCGCCUUCAAGAAGCAGCUUUUGGAGGAGGCUUUGUCUCAGGUCGAGCAGAUCGCCAAGUCCAAGGCUAUCUAA